GUGUGUGAUAUACACGUGCUGUAGGCAGGUACCAGACAGCACUAUACAAACUAGAGGAGCCGCGUGUGUGUGUUCGCGUGAGUGCAUCGUGAGAGUCGUGUUUUUCUUUUUUUUUGUUUCCUCGUUCCACUCUUCUAACUGUUUGUGUCUUGGAAGUGAAGACCAACUCAACAUGUUGUACAUUUAUUUUGAUCGAGUUUCUCUGGAGUAAUUUGCUGUGGAGUUAUUAGUCUAUUACUAUUUUUUUGUUUUUCUUUUUUUAACUUCUGACGUCUGCUGAGAGACGUAAGACAGAAAAUUGAGCAAGAUAAAACCCAGAUAAGUGAUUUUAAAAAAACCCUGAUGGAAUUCUAUUCAACAUUGUUCUGUACGUGUCACCUUUAACUUGCUGCUUGUUUCAAGUGACAAGAAUGGAACUUUGUCACUUUUGAUAAGUUUUGGACGCAUUAAACUCAAUGGCUCCACAAGACUCUGCCUUUACUUAGUAAGAACUUACUAGAUCUAGAAGUGUGAUCCAAAAUAUAUGUUUCUCUGGUGAGCAGACGUGAUGGAAACUGUUGAAAAUUCGGAAGAAUUCUGACAAAUUUGAAGUUUUUAAAUUGAUUUUUCAUGUAGUGCUGAAUUAUGUUUCUGUAGUGAUGUGUUCUUUCAAGUAACACCUUAAGGCGAAAAGUGUUGGAAUCGAUACUGUAAAUAGCUGUGGAAUUAGUUGCUAGACCAGUGUUAUUAUUUUGCUGUGAGUAUAAUUUAUGUGCUAUGAUAAUCUUGCAAAAGACUUGCAGAAGAUAAGAAAAAAACAAAUUCUGCCUGGAUUACUCUGACUUCAGACGUGACCCUACCCACCCAAAAGUAAGCUGCACCUGAAGAGUACAAAGCGCUUUGUUUAUUUACAUUCAAAGCUAUGAGCGGCAGGAGGGUGUUCCACCGCAACGGAGCUUCUCCAGAGUUCAACAUAGCACUUGUUGGUGCCCUAGGUGUUGGGAAAUCAGCUCUGACUGUCAAGUACAUUACAAGGCGAUUUAUAAUGGAGUAUGAUCCAGAUUUAGAGGGAACCUAUACUAAACAUGAGGACUGGGACGGCCAUGACGUCAUAGUUCAUGUCAUGGACACCUGUGAUAAGGAGGACAGUGACCAUAGCCGGUACCUGAAGUGGGCCGACGCCUUCUUAAUUGUGUACAGCAUUACCAACCGGCAGACCUUUGAAGUGGCCCGCGUCUACAUGGAAAACAUUUCCAACUACCUGAAAGGCCAGGAGAGAGACUGUCCCGUGGCUCUGGUGGGCAACAAGAUAGACCUGGAGAGAUACAGACAAGUCAACAAGUCGGAAGGAUCCGAGCUAGCUACAGAAUACGACUCCAUAUUCUACGAGAUCACUGCCGCGGAAGAAUACGAGUUGGUGGAAAAAGUCUUCCACCGAGUGAUUCAAGAGGCUCAUCACGACAAAUACGGUCAUAUCCUGCAGCCGCUGUUCAUAGCAGACGACAGGACGACCACGUGGAGCCCGCAGCAGGCCAUGUCCCAGCAGUCGUCUCAGCAGCAGACUCAACACCUUCACCCAUCGCAGCGACGCCCAAAAUCUCCGAAAGGAGCGCCCGAGAAAAAGGACGAAAAGGGUCAACAGAAGAAGACAUUAAAUAAGUUCUUUAAAAUAUUCAACUGAUGGGUACCUACGACAUGUUGAAUUCGUUUGUUUAACGCCAUGCUGCUUAAACAUGUAUAUCGACAAAGGGACAGUUUCACUUCGGACACGAUAGCACAUUCUUAAAACGUGUAAUUAUUUCAUAGUUGGUGUGCGCCAUGUUAUACAAUGACUUUGCUAUUUUGAUAUUUCGUAACGUGAUAUGAAGGGGCUACACGUAUUUUGUCUUCAUUAGCUUUAGACGUUUAGAAUAACAUAGGCCUGUGUUCGGAUCUAUACAGGUGUGGGAUCAUUCUAAACUAUCAUCAUGUCGUCCAUAUUUAGACAGAGGCUAAAAAUAAAUAUAGAUCUAUAGUUUAAAGCCAAAAUGACAUUUUCCUGAAGAUUGAAGUGUCUAGGAGAAAAUAGAGCAAUUUUCAUCAUUUUUCAUUUUAUAAUAAUUUGAAUAUUUUAACAGUGUCGAUUAUACAUGUAAACUUAUUUUGUAGUGCAGGGGCGGCAAUGGAGGUAUAAUCAGUUAGAGUAGUAAUGAUAACAUAACUUGAUGUACAGCGUCUGAUAGGGUCAACCAUGUGGAGUGUGGCGUGAUCAAUCGAUUGGUAUCUAUGUGGACUGUGAAGUCAUCGAAUGUGUUGUGGCUAUGUGGAGUGUGACGUAAUCUACUGACAUGUGGCUAUGUGGAGUGUGACGUGAUCUAUUGACAUGUGGCUAUAUGGAGUGUGACGUGAUCCAUCGACAUAUUGCUUUGUGGAGUGUGACGUGAUCUAUUGACAUGUGGCUAUAUGGAGUGUGACGUGAUCUAUUGACAUGUGGCUAUGUGGAGUGUGACGUGAUCUAUUGACAUGUGGCUUUGUGGAAUUGGACGUGAUCUGUUGACACGUGGCUAUGUGGAGUGUGAUGUGAUGGAUCAUUGGUGGAUAUGUUGCCAAACUUUUUGCCAGACAUUCAACUUGAAUAAGAAAACAAACAGAAUUGCAUUAACAUAUUCGUGCACACACCAAGAGGAUAAUCGUUGACUUCGUUGAGCUGCUAUGAAUUAAUUCCCUUUAAGUCCUUCUCGUCUCGUUCACAACUGCACCAAUACUCACAGACACGCUCGCACACAUAAGCACGCACAUUAUGUGAGAUGUGUAAAAAGAAACAAAAAAAAAAACUCCUUAGAUGACACAAACACUGACAGACUCAGAGCAAACUUAUAAACAAAGAAGUAUUUCUUAAGAGGAGACUUACAUCCGGUUUUCAAUCCAACAACGUCGACUUCCUGACUUCCGUCUAUGAUGACAGCACAUACAAAAUAAUUAAAUUUUCCAAGAUCAUUGGCUUUGUUUAUAGAUUUGAUUGCCUAAAUCAGAAAAGUGUGUAAGGGUACCAAAAUAAACGCAAAGUACUUUACUGUCGGUGUGUUAGUGUUUAAAUUAAUAAUAAUGUGUUUCCUUUCUGAAACUGAUAUCUAUGGGCAAAGGUUUUAAAGCUCAUCUAUUUGUAUGACCUAUGGUGUAGGAGGGUGUCAAAUAGUCACUAGCCUUCCCCAAUUAAUGACAGGUAUCCAUUAUUAUAAAGUUCACUCAAGGGUGUCCUAAAAAUACCAAGGCUCAAAAUCUCAGACCUCUCACUAGGAUUCGAACUCUAGACCCCACGGUUUGGAACUAAAACGCUGUACCACUCAACCAUAGCGCACUUUACUGUUACUGUUAACUUCGCUUUCUUAUGAAAAGUACAUCGAAUUACAUAAAAUUUUGUUUCUAAGGCUUCAAUUCUUAAACUCAUUUUGUUUAAUCCCAUAAAGUCAUUAACCUAGCAGACAAGAGAACAGAGGCAGAUCUUCAGGUGGGAAUCAAAUUACACCCCAUAAUAUCGUUUUUCUAAAAGAAAAAAAAAGAAAUGUUAAUUCAAUUAUAUUUACACAUUUUCAAAUAAAUCACAAAUAGUUCCUUUUUUUAACGCGCGACACGGAAACUCAGUUAGCAAAUGUUUUACAAAAUGGCUGCCACUGGGGCAGUUGCGGUUAAAAACUAUGGGAGAUAAUUUAAGAAAACGAAUCCCUCUCAUAAUGCUGCUUCUCAUUGUAAAGUUCGCUCCCUUUAAUUGAAUCUUUUUGUUAUUUUUGUAUCUUUAUGUUUUGUAUUCGCUCAUUAGCUUCUUUUUUUUUUCGUCUGACACGUUCGUCUGCAUUCUCUCCCCUCCCCAAACUUCUAAAAUGUAUUUCCUGUUGGUUCCAUCACUCUCUUGUUGGCGCAACAUUCAGCCAGGAAGUGACGUAUCUGCUGUGAUUCCAAUAGAUCAAUGUGCAGUGAUCAGUGUACUUAGCGGGUUUAAACUAACAAAGGCUUAGAUGCGUUCUGUAAGUUUCAACUAACAAAGGCUUAGAUGCGUUCUGUAAAUGAAAUAUAAAAAAAAAAUAACUAAAGAAAGUUAAUUAGUAGCGUGAUGAUUCCAAGAAACAACGAAUAUAAACUUGGAAACAUUACAAAGAAGGCUCCUUUUCGCUUAUGGAAUAUUAAAGUACUGGUACUGAAACAUCUAAAUUGUUACAUGACUUUAUGCUAAAUACUAUGAAACUAUAUAAACAUUAUGUGUUUUUUUUUCUGGGGGGUUGGGUAGGUAAUUAUCACAUCAUCAUCAUCAUCAAACUCCAUUUGAGUGAGGGCUUGAGAAGCUUAAAUCCUCUCUUACAAAAUCCCUGGACAGAAACCCUGCUGUAUUGCAUAGUGCAUACAUGUCACCAUACAGGUCGAUAAUUUUUGGUUUCCCAGACCUGUCGAGACGGAGAUCAGCAAGUCUGGGGCAGUAAAACAGAAUAUGAGACACGGUUUCCUCUUCCUCCCCGCAGCGGGGGCACCGUGAGUCAAAAUUUGGCCAUAGCCGUGAGAAAAAUGAGCCAACAGGACAGUGGCCUGUCCAGCACUGUGCUAUUAUAGCUUGCUCAGGCCUGGACAGCCUCCACCACGGAGAAGUGCGGUCGGGUCGCUCCCAGACUCCACGAGCUUUUUGGGACUUGUCCCAGCACUCAGACCACGUUCCAUUUCAAUGUUGUUGUUGUUGAAUUAUAGCCAGGUAAUUAUCUAGAAAAAGGCAGAACUACGACAUUGUACCCACGAUGCGGAAGUUAUAGGCUCACUGUACUUGCUUUAAAACAAGAAUUAUACUAGUAAAAAAAAAUACGCUUAAAAAAUUGGUUGGAGAGUAUUAGGACGCAUAUGAAUACUUGUAAAUUCAAUUGUAUUCCUCUUUAAAUGUAAUAGGAGGGUUAGAAUUUGUUAAAAAGUAGAUUUUUUAUUUUACCUAAAAAAAGAAGAAGAAACCAAACUAACGUGCUUAAUGAUGUUUCAUGUGUCAUGAAGAUGACGUGUUUUUAUUUCAUCAUCUCAUCAUCAUCAUAAUGUCUGGACAGCAAACCACAUUUUUUUUGUUUAGUACUGGCUGUUUCCAAAAGUGGCCUUGACCUAUAAACUCUGUGCAUUUUAAAUGAACUUCUAGACUCGUUCUCACCUUCGUUCACUGCGCGUUGGAAGGAUAUGUUCAUUGACAAGGAUUUGUUUUAGCAUUAUUGUUUUUAUUAUGAUCACGUUGCUCUGUGUGGAGAUCUUACAUAUAGUGUUUAUAAAUCAUACAUACAACAUGUAUAAUAUAUAUGCAUAUAUAUAUAUAUAUAUAUAUAUAUAUAUAUAUAUAUAUAUACAUGUAUUUAUACAUAUAAUAUAUGUAUAUAUGCACAUGUAUAUGUAUACAUAUAUAUAUGUAUACAUAUUCUGUCUUUGAUAUCAGACCUAUAUUGUGUCUAUUUUAUUACGUACAUUUAGAGAUGUUUCUGUUCUAAUUGUUAAACAUCCAGAUGUUUCAGAAUCAAUGUGUUUACUUUCUACUUCAUUGGUUUUCAUAUGAAUUCCUUCAUUAAAGUCUGGUGUAAAUAUUACUUUUCGUCUGACUCUGAUGUCAGGCAUACAGACAAACGGGUUGGUAGUCUAGACAGACUCACAGUGUAACAGAAGAUAUGUUACGUUCAAUAUAAAUAUAUAUAUAUUUAUACGUAUAUAUAUUGGUGAACUGACAUAACUGACAUAGAUUUGUUUCUCAAGCUUAUUGUUGCACAUUAUAAAAUUUGACAUGCGCAGUCAACUCUAUGAGGUUGUGGCCAAAUAAUUAUAAAUUUGUUUAAAAACGCUCUGCCACAUAAUAUUUCCGAGAGAAAGAUGUUAGAAGCUAAUGGUUACCUGGCCUAUAAGAGACAAUUAAAACAAUUUAAAGUAUACUAAAUAACUAGUUAAAUGUUUGAUAUGUAACUGUUAAAUGUAUAUUUGGAAUUCUGGGCUAUAAAUUUAUAGCAUGUGUAGCCGUGUUCAUGCGUAAAUGAAACAAUAUAAUCAAAGGAGAAAAAGGAAGAUAUAGAAAAAAGAGAAAAAAGAAAAAGAAAUUUAGAAAGAAAGAGUAAAAAAUGCAAAGAGAGUGUGAGAGGGAGAAAGAAAUAGAGAAUUUCAGAGAGACUGAAAAAGAAAGAGAGAGAGAGAGUUAUAUAGAGAGAGAAAGAGGUGGAGAAUCAGAGAGAGCCUGAAAAAAAAAGAGAGUGAAAGAGAAAGAGAGAGAAAGAGAAAGAGAGACAUUGAGAAUCAGAGAGAGAGAGAGAGACAUUGAGAAUCAGAGAGAGAGAGAGAGAGACAUUGAGAAUCAGAGAGAGAGAGAGACAUUGAGAAUCAGAGAGAGAGAGAGAGAGACAUUGAGAAUCAGAGAGAGAGAGAGAGAGAGAGAGAGACAUUGAGAAUCAGAAAGAGAGAGAGAGAGACAUUGAGAAUCAGAGUGAGAGAGAGAGAGACAUUGAGAAUCAGAGAGAGAGAGAGAGACAUUGAGAAUCAGAGAGAGAGAGAGAGACAUUGAGAAUCAGAGAGAGAGAGUGAGAGACAUUGAGAAUCAGAGUGAGAGAGAGAGACAUUGAGAAUCAGAGAGAGAGAGAGAGACAUUGAGAAUCAGAGAGAGAGAGAGAGACAUUGAGAAUCAGAGAGAGAGAGAGAGACAUUGAGAAUCAGAGAGAGAGAGAGACAUUGAGAAUCAGAGAGAGAGAGAGACAUUGAGAAUCAGAGAGAGAGAGAGAGAGAGACAUUGAGAAUCAGAGAGAGAUAGAGACAUUGAGAAUCAGAGAGAGAUAUAGAGAGAGACAUUGAGAAUCAGAGAGAGAGAGAGAGACAUUGAGAAUCAGAGAGAGAGAGAGAGAGACAUUGAGAAUCAGAGAGAGAGAGAGAGAGACAUUGAGAAUCAGAGAAAGAGAGAGACAUUGAGAAUCAGAGAGAGAGAGAGAGACAUUGAGAAUCAGAGAGAGAGAGAGAGAGAGACAUUGAGAAUCAGAGAGAGACAUUGAGAAAGAAAGAGAGAACAAACAACAGAUUCAUUUCUUUUCGUUCACUGCUCGUGUAUAUCUUCUAGUAAACUCUUAAGAACAAGUUCGAACAUCUGUUAUCUUACUUUAUCAAGUCACUGAUUUCAUUUCAGUUCAAACCAAAUGUGAUCAUUUUCAAAACUCGAACUAAAUAUUCACCUAAUUUGAGUAUUGUAGGCUUUCACUACUGUGCAAUAAUCUAUUUAGAUAACUGGUGUGUUGAAAAGUAUGGACACGAAAUUAAUUAAACUUACGAGCACCAAACAA